AUGCGUCCGCUCGAUAAGCGGCAUGUCUCUGCAGGCCUUUUCCCAGCAUCGACACGCGAAGGAAGAACGUUCAAGAUGACGCGCGCCCAUGGAUGGACUGUGGAACGGAAGCGGCACGGCACGCUUCUGCCUUUACCGAAAGUGGAUCCUUGUCCGAGAAAAAGCUGGGCCAAUCUGCUCAAUACAUCUGGCACCCGUCGGUCUCGAGAGGGCAGCCUUGCAAGUCUUGCGGUCGUCCUUCAAGUGCCAGCACAUACAUUAGUCCAAGCUCUUAACGGCAACGCAGCAGCUUUCACCACUUCUUCCGCAUCAGCUGAUUGGUCUUUCGUGUCCGAGUUUUCGGUCCCUGAUGUGGGGAUCUGCCGCUUUUUGCUCCUAAAUACCCCCGCAGUUUCUUACCCACAGACUUAUCUGCAGCCCAAUGAACAGCGAAUACGAUUGCCAGCGCAGCAUAGCAUCAAGCUGAUGGCAUGCCUCGAAAUGAUAUGUGCUACAGCAGGAUUCUGCUACCAAACUUUGACAGACCAGUCACACUCAGUCAUGACAUCCAACGGCUCAGAAAGCUACGUCCAGAAGCUCCAGCACUACUGCGCGACAAACCAGAUUGCACAACCUCAAUUCCAGGACUACUCUGACCCUCGAGGUGUAAGGACGGCUUGGUCUAGCAGCGUCUUCGUACACGGUCGAGAGUACCGAGCUCACCUAUGGCGAGACUACCGGUACUUGGAACAGUCGCGUGAGGAGGCCGCCGAAGUUGCCUGGAAGGCCAUCAGCGGUGCCAGCGGAUCUCCAACGUCGCAACCACAAUACGCAUAUCCUCGCAGCUACACGACGGCUCGGUAG